AUGCCAGCUCCAACCACCAUUCGUGCGCUUUUCCACCCGCUCGAAAACGAAGCGAAGGACGCAGAAAAAGAGAAAAAAGAACAAGCACAACACCAACAACGCUUCGUCGAGAGUAAAAGCACGUUUUUCUCUUCAAAGUUUAUCUUAUUCUUCUUUGAUUCCGGACGGAAAACGAAGGAAAUCUCAAUCCCGGUUGCCUUUGAUAAACAAAAGAGCAACUUUUUAAUCGGACCAUCCGCGCUGUGGUGGCGCGAGGCGUUCGCGAUUUCCUCCUCUUUAUUGCGAGAGGAAGAGAGUAGUAACGGUGUUACUGUAAAUGGAGGGUAUAAAACGAACGAUGAAGCGGCGAUGGCGGAUUUAGGCCACGCGGCGGAAGCGACGUUGGAAAUCGCUCGAGUGGUCAGUGGUCAGUUGUUGGAGGAUUUACGAAGGACGACCAGGUCGCUGGAAUUUUGGGAGGAGAAGCGAGACGAGUAUUCGAGAGGUGGGGAUGUCUCACAUAGGAUGUUUUUAACCUUACGGUGUGGUCCGAGAGCGUUUAUUGAGGAGACGAAAGGGUUCGUGAAACGGAAAGCGGUGGCGGCGAGACGGAGGGCGAUGUACGUCUCCACGGGGAACGCGAGAAGGAAGAACGGGGAGUCGGCGAGGAGUAAUAUAAGCGGGGAAGAGAAGGAAAGGGAAGAGGAACACUUGUUGGAGACGUUGUUGACGGUUCCACCGGCGAGGGCGGUGAUUGAUGGGAAGGUAGCGGCGUUAGGGAAGAUGCAGAGGAGUUUGGCGAGCGCGGUGGCGAGGGUGCACGCGAGAGCGGAUGAUUUAGUCAACGGCGAUUACAAUCGGAGGAAACGAGGGAAGGGAGAGGACGAUGACGAAGACGAAGACGAAGACGAGGAGGUAUCAGAGGAGGAGUUUCGGAAGAGAGAGGUGGAAAAAACGAGAGAUGCGGUGGAACGGUGCGUGAAUGGGAUAAACGAAGCGAUUGAGCUCGUGAAAUCUACCGCGUCGUCGUUAAACGCCGAGCACGAGGACGAGGACGACGAGGACAACAACAACAACGAAAGUAAAAAGAGAAACGCGGAAGAGGCGGCAGAAGCAGAGCGAAAUGAUGACGACGACCACGAUAACGACGACCACGACGAUGCGAUCUCUCCGAGACGACCGUCGAGCUCUCUCGAGCGCACCAUCUCGAAUUCGCCGUUAUUCGCCGGGAUGAUGCACAAUCGAACGAAUUCGCUCGUCUCGAGCAUCUCGCGAAGUGGCACACCAAAGAUUCCAGAUUCGCCAAAAUCAGCCGCUACUCAAGUUCACGCGUCGUCGCGUCUGUCGUCGUCGCCGCAAAACAACAACAGCCCGACUUUACGACGCCAAAACGCCUCCUUACAGCGAUCGAAUUCGUACUUUCAGAAUCUCAUCAAAAACACGUUUCUCGGUGACAUCUUCUCAUCAGACGGCGGAACCGGCGCACGCGUCGGAUUUGUCUCGCACAAGCUCCGCACGCGUUUGAUGGCUAAAUCGGGAGAACCAAUCCCGUUCCCGUUAGAAAACGACGUAAUGUGGGAAGCCAUCGUAAGGACGGAAUCUCGAUUUGAAAAAGCUCGCAAAGCGGUUGGUCGCACGGUUGAAAGACACCGCAAGCCGACAAAAUACGAACGCCGAUGGAUUCCCAUCAGUGUCUUAAUGUUAAUCGGCGUGAGUAGCGCGAUUGUGCUCGUUCGAAAAUCUUCCUUGUGCGGUUCCACCGAGUUGGACGAAACGUUGAAAGCGGCGUACGAAACUACGCGCACGUUUUUCAACUCGUACAUGAAAACGCCGUCGAAAGAGCUGAAGCAAGAACUCACGAAAGCGUUCGACACUGGAGAUAGAGAAGACGCGGCGGCGAGAUUAGACGAAUCGCAGGAGUCUUUAGAUAGAAUGUUAAAAGAGUACGUGAAGAAUGCAACGAAACCGGGGUUUUCGGAGUCGUUGACGAGAGCGUAUCAAUCGGUGGGCGCUAUGACUGGCGGCGGCGGAGACGAACACGCCGAAGGAUCAGGAGCAGGAGCAGGACCAGGCGAAGAGACGACAACGGCGAACAAAAUUGAUCCAAUGUCACUCGUGACUGCGCGCGUAGAAGAAGAAUUAAAAGCGCCGCUACAAAACAUGCUCGGCGGCGAUCUCAUGCAACUCUUGCUCAUCCAAACGCAAGUCAUGAAAGUUGAGAUGGAAGACGCUUUGCUUCAAAUGGAUGCCGUCAUGCGUGCGAACCGUUUGAAUUUCGCCCUCAUGGCGUGUUUUCCCGCGACUUUGUUCGUGUACGGGAGCGUCUCGUUUUCAAAAACCGUCGGUGCCGCGCGCGCGUUUCAAAAGAGACGCAAAGCACGGGAAGAGAUGCGUUUGUUAGUCGCCGACGCGGAACGAUCUUUGAUGCGAUUGAAAAUGACGCGAGACGAGUUUACCAAGCGCCGCCGCGCUCUGGAGGACAACAACGAAGACAAUUCGGACUCAGACGACGCGUCUGAUUCCAACCUCAUUCACCGAUUAGAAAUCGCGGAAGAACACCGCCGCCGCCGCUUAGAACUGGACGCGUCCUUCGACGCCACCGCCGCCCCGUCCUCGCCCGCCGCGCGCCUCCACGCCACCAAAAACAAAUUCGACGACGAAAACCUCGAAAACGAAACCUUCCACCAAGGCAUGCUCCUCUACGCCGUCAACGCGCUCUACGCGUCCGUCCAAAAGCACAAGCGCAUGUUCACGCCGAAAGAAUUCAGGGGCGUUAAAUUGGACGCCAUGGCGUUGGCCGACGUUGGCGUCUCCAUCGAAGGGAAACUGUUGACCACGCAAAGACUGGCGAGGAUAUAUAAAGGGUUCCAGAGCGAACCGCACAGAGUGCCCAGCAUCGUGACUGGGAGAUAUCCAAUCUGA